CAUGGGAGGAAGGCAAGAGGAAGGGCAGCUGGAAAUAAAGCGGGUAUGAACUACAGCAGUUGCCGAGACGGGACGGGAGAUGCGGACAAUCAUUGUGACACGGUGCCUGUGACAGGGGCGCCAGGAAAGGGAGGCGUGACGGAGAUGGCGGGAUGGGCGUGGGAGGGCAACGAGUCCGAGUCCGACGACCAACGCCCUUUCCCUCCCGCCAUCCUCCAUCCGUCCCGCUCGCUCGCUCGAUGCCCUCCACCGCGCGCCGGUGACGAUGAUCAUCCUCGACGACAGCGAAGAUCCGUUUAAUCCCGACAAGCUCCUCGCCGACGCCCGUUCUGUCCACCGCCCUGCAACCCCGACCCCUUCUCUCCCCUCCUACGAAAUCUCCCAGUCCCAAGCCCAGGGUGUACAAUGUCCUCCAGAGGAACUCGAGGCGCAGACGCAAGGGCAAGAUCAAGAGCAAGAGCAGCCGCAGAGCGACAAGACAUCGCGGACGUGGUGGCCAAAGAAUGCCCAUCGCCGUUUUCGCAGGGCACUUCUGUACGCUCUGGUAGUGUAUUUCGUGAUCACCGUCGCUAUCGGUGUACCAAUCAUUGUGGUGAAGCUUCGACAUCGCGCCUCGGAGCACAGUCCAUUCCCGACCAAAGGAAGCAGCAGCAGCCUGACUCUGAUAUCAGACGGCGUCCAGACACUCCCAAAGUCUCUCGCAGUGGGCUGCAACGCGUGGGCAGAGCAUUCCGACUCGUCAUCGACCCUACAGUACAGUGUGCCCCUCGACGGCCUUGUGUUCGUGCAGUCAAACGUGUCGUAUCAAAGCGAGCCAUCUGUCCUGCAAGACAUCUCCGGAACGCUGUCUGUCGGUGUCAACGCCGAUCCCCACGCAAAGGACGGCGUCGUCUCCGUCACCAUGCAGUACUCGAGCCAGAGUCUGAAGGAUCAGACGAGCGUAUGUCUCAUGAAUGUCUCGAACAGCAGUGGACUGUAUCUCUACGUGCCGUCAAACCUUUCGUCAAACGACUCGCUCGCGUUCAGCGUAACCUUCUUGUUCCCCCAAGGAUCACCGUUGUACAUCUCCGAGUUCGUCACGAUGCUACCCCAUUUCACCCAGUACUUCGAAAGUCUGUCGUACUGGGUAAAAUUCGACAGAGUGACAUUGGGCGGUCCUCAGUCGCAGGUUUCGGUGGUGUCAAUGGACGCUACGUCACUAGAGGUGAAGACGGCAUUGGCAGGGAUUCAGGGCAAUUUCAAUGUCACACAGUCUUUGGUUCUGGAAACCGUCUCUGCCCCUAUCGACGUAAACAUUUCUCUUGUCAACCUUGGACAGGGAGACCCAACCUUCUUAGACGUGAGCACUGGGAAUGCUCCUCUAAAUGCUAGCGUCUGUCUAUUCCUCCCUCAGGAUGCCGACCCGUCUAGGAUGCCCAACUUCAUGACGCAUUUCGAGACCUUCAAUGCACCUCUCACGGUGUUCGUCGAUCACGCUCCCGAGUCUGCCCCUGGCAUCCUCCGCCUUCGCGCAGAAAGUAGCGUAGGCCCGGCUCUCGUUGCCGUUGACAGCGCAUACUCCGGCGUUUUCGAUGUCACGACAACGUUUGCAGCCGCGGACGUAUUUAGCAGCAACGUCAACAGCGUAGAGCAGCUUGCGCAGGUUGACCUCAGCUUUAUGGACGGAAACGUGCCCACGACGGGUACGGCGACGACGAAUGCCGACUCAGAGUUGGGCCGGACGAAUGCCGACGUAGAGUUGGGCCGAACCUUGAUGUUCGACACCAUGCAAUCAUCCAGACUAACGGGGUGGGUAGGCGUGCCUCCAAGGCCAUCCCUACCGCCGGGUCCAAAAUCCUUCGGCAAGCAGGGUGGCAUCGAGGUCAUCUCAACACUGAGCCCUGCCGCGCUGUUGCUUGGUACAUAGCCAGGCGCGUGCGCGGCCCAUUCGCCGCCCCGUAACGGGCGUGCUGGUCGCGUGCGCGUGUGUCGUUUUCGCUGGGUCGAUCGUCUGCUGGAUGUGUCCCUCGUCGUGUAACAUAGUGUAGUUUUAGCUUCGGACAGAUGGGAAGGGACACGCCCGUCUUCUUGCUUCAUCCAAGGCCUUCUCCGUUUGUGCGCUAUGUACAUGGCGGUCGGCCUAUUCGUUCGUUCGCUGCUCAUUCCCUCCGGCGUAAUUUGCGGCUGCGUCAUUGUGUCUACUACAUCGUAACCUACUCACGCUCUCUAAAGUUCGUGGCUCGCAUCAUUGUUCGUCUAUUGCAAUCUCCAUAUACAGUUAAUCACAUGCAGUUGAAACACGC